AUGCAUAACAUUGACUUUUCGGAACCCCGAUGGCUUUUAAACUACUAUCAUGUUAUCGGAUUCACUUCACUGGUUUUGAAUUCAUUGGGAAUUUAUUUGUUGAUAUUCCAGAACAGUAAACUAGGAAACUUUCGAUAUUAUUUGUUGAUUCUUCAGGUUGCCUGCACUCUGACUGACAUUCAUCUCAGCUUCCUAAUGCAACCGGUACCUCUCUACCCAUUACUUGCUGGGUAUACUGUAGGGAUAUUGUCAAAUUAUUUAGAUAUUUCUACCCAUAUUUGUGCGCUAAUAGCAGGUUUCAUUGCAUUAGUUCAACUGGAAAGUUUGACUCUCUGUUUUGGAAAGAAACAUCAAGCAAUUGCAUCUAUUUUGAAAGUUCAUAUUGUCCCAAAUCCUAUUUUGUAUUCUUGUUAUGCUUUAUGUUUAAUUUGUCCGUUUGGAUUAUGUGCUAGUCUUCAAUAUUUGUACAUGACGCACGAUGAGCAGUUGAAUUAUAUCGAGAAGAAUCUCCCAGAACUCCUUCAUGACUUUUCAACUCUAUCUCAUUUUGUAAUCUAUGUCAAAUCUCCUAAUCUAACAUGGCUAUAUAUUCUGGUUUUCACUGGUGGAUCCACACUUUUCGUUCUUUUUGUUUUAUUCAUUUCUGAUAUUUUCCGAUUGAUGAGAGAACUGAAACUCAAAAUAUCCAUCUCCACUUAUCAGAAACAUCACGAAGCACUGCAUAGUCUGAUGGUGCAAUUCGCUACCUCAAUUUUGUGUCUAGCUCCUCCAUGUAUUUUAGUUAUUAUCGUUUAUUUUGAAAUUGAAAAUGGAAAAGUUAUUGCCGAGUCUUUGAUAGCGUGGUUUGCUAGUCAUUCAUCUGUGAAUAUGAUUUCUCUUUGUUUAUUUUUUCCACCUUAUCGUAAAUUUUUCUGGCGGAGUCUGAAUAGAAACCGUAAAAAGAUAACAGCAGGUGCAUCUUCCAUGAUGUUCUAA